UGGUGCCAUGUUGUUAUUAAAUAAAUAAUAAAAUUCAAAUAUUUCAUCUAAUUCCUAAAAAAGCGCAUAAUGCCGAAAGUUCGCACGCAAGUUACUUCUCGCGUCCACACGGAAGUGGCGAGACAAGGAAUUUUAUUUAAUAAGGAUAAAGGUCAGCAUAUACUGAAAAAUCCUUUAAUUAUUCAAAGUAUGGUUGAAAAAGCUGCGCUUAGGCCUACCGAUGUUGUAUUGGAGAUAGGUCCUGGUACAGGCAAUAUGACUGUAAAAAUGCUUGAGAAAGCAAAGAAAGUAGUAGCUUGCGAAAUUGAUCCAAGAAUGGUAGCAGAAUUACAAAAGCGCGUUCAAGGAACUGUACACCAAUCAAAGUUACAAAUAAUGUAUGGAGAUGUAUUAAAAUCAGAUCUACCAUUUUUUGAUUUGUGUGUCGCUAAUAUCCCUUAUCAGAUAUCAUCACCAUUAGUAUUUAAGUUACUUUCACACAGACCACUUUUCAGAUGUGCUGUACUUAUGUUCCAAAGAGAAUUUGCGGAACGCUUGGUAGCUAAACCUGGUGACAAAUUAUAUUGUCGCUUAAGUAUUAACACGCAAUUAUUGGCACGAGUAGAUAUGUUGAUGAAAGUUGGAAAGAAUAACUUUAGACCUCCCCCUAAAGUAGAAUCGAAUGUAGUGAGAAUUGAACCAAGAAAUCCACCACCUCCGAUUAAUUAUCAGGAAUGGGAUGGUCUGACACGGAUUGCUUUCGUGAGAAAAAAUAAAACGCUAUCUGCAGCUUUCAAACAAACCACAGUUGUUACUAUGUUAGAGAAAAAUUAUAAAAUUCAUUGUAGUUUGAAUAAUAAGAUUGUACCAGAUAAUUUUGAUAUCAAGCAAUUGAUAGACCAUGUAUUAGAAAAAGCAGAUGCUAAGAAUAAACGAGCUAGAACUAUGGACAUAGAUGACUUUAUCAGCCUGUUACAUACAUUCAACGCGGAAGGUGUGCAUUUUAUAUAAAUUUAUA